AUGGCUGGCAAAAUAGCAUUAGUUACAGGAGGUGGUACAGGAAUUGGUAAAAUGAUUUCAAAAGCAUUCGUGAAGAAUGGUGCUAUAGUUUAUAUUGCUUCAAGGACCAAAAAGACCCUCGAUGAAGCAGAUGCUAGCGAAAAGUUAGUCACUGAUUUUAAAAAUUUAGGGAAUGAUAAACUUGAUAUUCUGGUGAAUAAUUCUGACCUAAUUUAUUUGGAAUCUUUGACUAAUUUUCCCGAAGAUAUGUGGGAUAAGCUCUUUAAUUUAAAUGUUAAAAGUGUUUUUUAUUUAACGAUUGCUUGUUUACCACUACUCGAGAAGGCUAGUAAAAAACCUGUUGAUCCAUCAAAAGUUAUAAUAACUGGAAGCAUUGUUGAAAUCAAAUUAAUGCAAGCUCGUAGAAUAAGUUCUCUGCCUUAUAACUCAUCCAAAUUUGCCGCACAUGGCGUUGCAAAGAACUUAGCUGUUCAUCUUACUCCGCGAGGGGUAAAUGUCAACGUGAUUGCUCCUGGAACUGUUCCGACUAAACCUCAACCAGAUAAAUAUUUUGAAAUAAGCAAUAAUGACAUUCCUCAGGAUAUGGCUGGAGCAGCAUUAUACUUAGCUUCGGGUGCUGGUAGUUGGGUAACUGGUACUGAAAUUGCAGUCGAUGGUGGACAUCCUUUAAAAUUUAAAUUGACAGAUGUAGAAAAACUCGU